UUCCUUGUGUUGUUGCCUACAGGAGCCGCUGCUUGUGUUGAAUUGAAGAGAUUUGAAGAAGCAAUCACUUGGUGUGAUAAGGGACUAGCUGUAUCCUUUGAAGGAAUCUUUCAUUUUUAACCGUGGGUAUAAUGGAAAAAGUUUCCAUGAUUUGAUGUUUCAAGGGAGAAAAUACAAAGAAGGGUAUUAAUUAUGAUGGGAACUUGUCAGCUCAUAUACUUUAAGUGUGUGGGAUUAAAAACAUAGGAGAAGUUAUUACCUCAUGACUUAUUAAUGAAAUUACUCCUUUUAGCCAAUUUGACCUAGUUCUACUAUCCAUGCCAAUAACUGGUACAUUAGUUUAAAUAACCCUUUAAUUUCCCAGACCAAAUUUGUAAUUAUCCUUACUGUCAACCAUACAAUUCUUGUAAUGUUAGUACAGAGAAUUCAGUAAUGCAUCAACUAACUAUUUUUAAAUUGAUAUAUUUUUUUUUUACUCUCAACACUUAUCUGAUUGAUAUUGUAUUGCUAUUGUAAGGAGAAAUUCUCUUUUGGUCACUCACGGGAGUUAAAGGGUUAGAAGACUAAUAUUCAUCCAGUUUAUACAUAGUACUUGGGUAGAUGAUCUCUCUAAAACAAGCCAGAACAAAAAGCUCGGUAAUGUUUACAUAUCUUAUGCAGAUUUUCUUGCCUUCGACCUUUUUCCACUACUUAGAGACUCGUAAACUUUCGUUGUGCUUUCCUAUGGACAAAUAACAAUUUUAAAGACAUGUAUUUGUGUUAUAGACUCAUUUCUUCCACUGCUGUAAAACAUUUGUCUGAUGUUAAGGCUAUAUUAAUUUAAAAAUUGAACAAGUGCUGCUCAGUUUUUGGAAACUAGAGAUUAAAUGUAGAUAUUUCGCGUUAAAGUUUGAGGCUGCACACAGAAAAAACAUUUUUUGAAGUGUAGAUUUACUUCAUAACUGACUUUAGGACUGAAUGUUGAUAAAUCAUCCACCUUUCAUGCAAAGCCCUCCUAAUGGGCCAUUUUAUAGUUGUGUACUUAGCUGCCAAGCCUUUGAUUUGGAGUAAGGCUGAAGGUGACCUUGUUGUGAUAGAGACCAGUAUCUAGAAACGAUAAUAACAAAGUAGUUUGCAUUUAAAAAGCAGCAAUGUUUUUAUCAUAACAAGGUCACCCUUAAUCGUGGCUCUUGUUCAGAGGUUUGGGAACCAAGCACGCAAAUGUUAAAAUGGACUACUACAUAUCAAUAUGAUCAGAAACAUAAUCUUUUUUGUUUUUUCCAUAUUUUUAACCCUUAACAUAAAAAAGAUCAACAAAAACAAUAGGAUCUUGUUGUCAUUAAGACUUCAGUCUGUCAGUGAAGUGGGAGAUAAGUCCAUGGAGGAAAAAGAUCCUAUUAGUCAUGAGCCGGGUAGUGCAAGUUCAGGUGAUUUCAAGAAAGUCAUAGAUCUCUAUAAUCAGGGAGAAGAAGCCAUAGAGUACCACAAUCUAUAUCUUAAAAAAGCUCAAGAAGUAGGAGACAAGCAUGGGGAGGGUAACGCUUAUGGCAGUCUUGGCAAUGCUUAUCACCGUCUGGGUGAUUUCAAAAAAGCCAUAGAGUACCACAACCUACAUCUUAAAAUAGCUAAAGAAGUAGGAGACAAGCAUGGGGAGGGUGUUGCUUAUGGCAAUCUUGGCAAUCCUUAUCACAGUCUGGGUGAUUUCAAAAAAGCCAUAGAGUACCCCAACCUACAUCUUAAAAUAGCUAAAGAAGUAGGAGACAAGAAUGGGGAGGGUAACGCUUAUGGCAGUCUUGGCAAUGCUUAUUUUAGUCUGGGUGAUUUCAAAAAAGCCAUAGAGUACCACAACCUAAUUCUUAAAAUCGAUAAAGAAGUAGGAGACAAGCAUGGGGAGGGUGGUGCUUAUUGCAAUCUUGGCAAUGCUUAUGACCGUCUGGGUGAUUUCAAAAAAGCCAUAGAGUACCACAACCUACAUCUUAAAAUAGCUAAAGAAGUAGGAGACAAGCAUGGGGAGGGUGGUGCUUAUGGCAAUCUUGGCAAUGCUUAUCACAGUCUGGGUGAUUUCAAAAAAGCCAUAGAAUACCACAACCUACAUCUUAAAAUCGCUAAAGAAGUAGGAGACAAGCAUGGGGAGGGUAACGCUUAUGGCAGUCUUGGCAAUGCUUAUCUUAGUCUGGGUGCUUUCAAAAAAGCCAUAGAGUACCACAACCUACAUCUUAAAAUAGCUAAAGAAGUAGGAGACAAGCAUGGGGAGGGUGCUACUUAUGGCAAUCUUGGCAAUACUUAUCGCCGUCUGGGUGAUUUCAAAAAAGCCAAAGAGUACCACGACCUACAUCUUAAAAUAGCUAAAGAAGUAGGAGACAAGCAUGGGGAGGGUAACGCUUUUGGCAAUCUUGGCAAUGCUUUUUUUAGUCUGGGUGCUUUCAAAAAAGCCAUAGAGUACCACAACCUACAUCUUAUAAUAGCUAAAGAAGUAGGAGACAAGCAUGGGGAGGGUAACGCUUAUGGCAGUCUUGGCAAUGCUUAUUUUAGUCUGGGUGAUUUCAAAAAAGCCAUAGGGUACCACAACCUACAUCUUAAAAUAGCUAAAGAAGUAGGAGACAAGCAUGGGGAGGGUGGUGCUUAUGGCAAUCUUGGCAAUGCUUAUGACCGUCUGGGUGAUUUCAAAAAAGCCAUAGAGUACCAGAACCUACAUCUUAAAAUAGCUAAAGAAGUAGGAGACAAGCAUGGGGAGGGUAACGCUUAUGGCAAUCUUGGCAAUGCUUAUCGCCGUCUGGGUGAUUUCAAAAAAGCCAUAGAGUACCACAACUUAGAUCUUAAAAUAGCUAAAGAAGUAGGAGACAAAUCCUCGGAGGCAAUAGCCUACUGUUCAUUAGGAUUGGUUUUUGAGUUACAAGGUAGACUGCCAAAAGCCGUUGAACAUUACCAAGCUAGCAUAAACUUAUUCAAUUCCUUGAGAGUACUUCUAAUAUCUAAAGAUGAGUGGAAAGUUAAUUUUCGAAAUCAGCACCAAGUGGCGUAUACGGGUUUGUGGAGAGUUCUCCUAGAACAAGGUAAUGUAGAUGAAGCCUUAUUUGUUGCUGAGAAAGGACGAGCUCAAGCUCUGACCGACCUCAUGGAAUCCAGUUUUUGUGGUGGAACAAGUCACCACAAGGGAGAAGAUGAAGAUUGCGCAGUUUUAAAAAACGUUCCACCAAACACUGUCUUUCAGGCAGUGGACAAAGCUAACGUCUAUCUUUGGGUUGGGUCCGAGGGAAAACAAGUUCAGUUAAGACAAAGUAAACUCAAAGAUUUUGUUUCAGAGAAUAGUGGAUCUAGCCUGUCCUUUGAGUCGUUCAUGCUCGGUGUCUAUACACAACUUGGUGUUCUUUCUAAUGUGAGAUGCGAGAAUGGAUCUUUAGAUGCUUUGAGGGAGGGCCGUUCAAAAGUGGAUAAGAAAACCAAAGAAGCCAAGCCUGAACCUCACAUCCAACAAGACGGAUGCUUGAGCACUUUGUAUGAUAUCGUUAUGAAGCCGGUGGCUGACUUGAUUGAAGGGGAUGAGCUACUCAUCAUUCCUGAUGGACCCCUGUGGAUCGCUCCUUACGCUGCAUUGAAGGAUGGUAAUUCUAAAUACCUGUGUGAGUCGUUCACAAUCCGAGUCGCUCCAUCGUUAGCAAGUCUUAGACUCAUUGCCGAUUGCCCAGAUGAUUAUCACAAAAGCAGUGAUGCGUUACUUGUAGGGGAUCCGUGGGUAUCCGAGGUUACUAACAGCGAGGGAGAGAAAGUCCUUGAGCAGCUUGAGUAUGCUAAAAAAGAAGUAGAAAUGAUAGGAAACAUUCUGAAUAUCACGCCAAUCACUGGCAGACAGGCCACGAAACGUGAGGUGUUGAAAAGACUCAGUUCCGUUUCCCUAGUUCACUUUGCGGCACACGGAUGUAUGGUAACUGGCGAAAUUGCUCUUACACCUGACCCACACCGAAUAUCUACUGUGCCAACGGCGGAGGAUUACAUUUUAACAAUUGGAGAUGUGUUGAAUGCUCAACUUCGGGCCAAACUUGUUGUGCUUAGUUGCUGCCACAGCGGCCGUGGCGAGAUCAAGGCUGAAGGUGUGAUUGGCAUUGCGCGCGCUUUUAUGGGGGCUGGUGCUCGGUCUAUUGUGGCGUCCCUGUGGGCGAUUGAUGACGAGGCUAAUCUUGAGUUCAUGAAAUACUUUUAUCAACAACUUGCAGGAGGUAAACCAGCAAGCGAGUCACUGAACCUGGCCAUGAAAAGCCUCAGAGAAUCAGACAAGUUCUGCGACAUCAAACACUGGGCGCCCUAUUUGCUGAUUGGAGAUGACGUCACUCUUGACUUCAUAGCAAAGGACAGAGAAAAUUUGAAUAUGAAAUCACAUGAAUGA